AAAUUUUGUAUUAGGGCAGCGCCAGUGGUGUGAAUUCCACUAAACUAAACCCUCCAAAAACCUUCGUCUCUGCUACCGGAGCUGACCAAAACUUCAUCUACCAGAAGAUUCCAUUCAUGGCUUUGAUCAAAUCCAAGCUUAAUCUUCCUCCCUUUCUAUCAUCUCUCUCCCACCGUAUUCAGAAUCACCGUUCCUUCUCAUUCUCUCCUUCAAUUUCUGACUCUCCCCUUCAAGACGAGCUCGCCAGCGAUUCACCUCAAAAUCCCUCAAAUCCUGUCCUCUCGCCUGACCAAAUCCAGGUUUCCGAAAAAUUCCACGCUCUAAUCAAGGAAUACUAUCGAAGAAAUCCCAGUCCCGAUUCAACUCCACCAUCCCCUAAUUUCACUAUUUCCUCUCUUUCUAACGACCUAUCCCAAAUCUCAGCUCCCCAUUCCGUCUCUCCGGCCGUCGUUCGUUACGUCAUCGAGAAAUCCGGUGCCGUCCGUCAUGGCAUCCCUUUUCUUCCAGCCCUCGCGUUCUUCAACUGGGUGACGGCGGGAGAGGGUUUCGAGCACUCUACACAGCCAUACAACGAGAUGAUUGACCUAGCCGGUAAGGUAAGACAAUUCGGAUUAGCUUGGUAUUUGAUUGAUUUGAUGAAAGCUAGAAAUGUAGAAAUUACUGUCGAAACUUUCUCGAUUCUUGUGCGGCGGUAUGUGAGAGCUGGAUUGGCGGCGGAGGCAGUUCAUGCAUUUAAUCGCAUGGAGGAGUAUGGCUGUACUGCUGACACCGUUGCUUUCUCCAUUGUUAUCAGCAUUCUGUGCAAGAAGAGAAGGGCAGUUGAAGCCCAAUCAUUUUUUGAUAAUCUAAAACAUAAAUUCGAACCUGAUGUUGUUGUGUACACUAGCUUAGUUCAUGGAUGGUGUCGAGCAGGUGAUAUCUCAGAGGCUGAAAGGGUAUUUAAAGAGAUGAAGAUGGCAGGUAUUAGCCCUAAUGUUUAUACUUAUAGCAUUGUGAUUGAUGCAUUGUGUAGAUCUGGUCAAAUUACUCGUGCCCAUGAUGUUUUCGCUGAGAUGCUUAAUGCUGGUUGCAAUCCAAAUUCAGUUACAUUUAACAAUCUUAUAAGAGUUCAUGUGAGAGCUGGUAGAACAGAGAAGGUGCUGCAAGUUUAUAACCAAAUGAGGAGAUUGCGUUGUGCUGCUGACUUAAUUACUUAUAACUUCCUCAUCGAGACUCAUUGCAAGGAUGAGAAUCUUGGAGAGGCUAUAAAAGUCCUCAACUCAAUGAUUAAGAAUGGUUGCACCCCAGAUGCGUCGUCUUUCAACCCUAUAUUCAGGUGUAUCGCAAAGUCGCAAGAUGUAAAUGGUGCACAUCGGAUGUUUGCUAGGAUGAAGGAUGUAGGAUGUAAGCCAAAUACAGCGACAUACAAUAUCUUGAUGCGAAUGUUUGCUGUACCGAAAUCUGCUGACAUGAUUUUCAAGUUGAAGAAGGAGAUGGACGAGGAAGAAGUUGAGCCUAACGUUAAUACAUACCGAGAACUGAUAACAUUAUAUUGUGGGAUGGGGCAUUGGAACAAUGCUUACAAGUUCUUCAGGGAAAUGAUCGAAGAGAAAAACCUAAAACCCAGCAUGUCUUUGUAUAAGAUGGUUUUGGAACAGCUAAGAGAGGCAGGACAGUUGAAGAAGCACGAGGAAUUGGUGGAUAAGAUGGUUGAGAGAGGGUUUGCCUCAAGGAACCUGUAGAAUAACUGGCUUCUUUUACUUUCAAAUUUGUAUUCGCAAUCGCAAAAGCUUCGAGAUCAGAAGUUAUAGUAGUUGAAAACGGUGUUACUGAUAUGAAUCAAUCUACAGACAGAGGCAUCUCGUAUUUCUUUGGAUCAUUGAGCCGGUUUCAGAUUUGAGAAGAUCCUAAACAAGAAGUGAGGAAUUGGGUUGAAGCCACUAGUCUGUUCUACGAGAGAUCUCUACAGCAAAAUCAAAAUCAGAAAGCAAAAGGUACCGAGAAUAUACUAGAAUUUGUUAGCAGCCUAUGAUUUUUUGUAGGGGCAAAUUUUGAAGAUUCAGUAUGAUCAAAUUAUAAUGGAUGAUUAAUUACAAAUGGUUAUUGUAAUGGAUAAUUAAUUACCCUUUUAAAUUGUUUUAUUAUUGCUUA